AUGACGUCUAACCAAACCCUUCUCUUCACCGGCGCCAACGGCUACAUUGGCACCCAUAUCGUCAGCUAUGCUCUUGAAAGGGGCUAUAAUGUCCGCGCAACAGCCCGUUCAGAGUCCUCCCUUGCCAAUCUCCGCGCCCUCUUCCCUAUAUCCGCGUACCGCCUCUCCUUCGCCAUCGUCCCAGACAUCACGGAGCACGAAUCUUACAAGGACGCCCUCGCCGGCGUCACAGGCAUCAUUCACGCCGCGUCUCCUUUCAUUCUGAACCCCAAGAGCAACGAGACGGACCUCUUACGGCCAGCCAUCAACGGCUCUGUUGCCAUCCUCGAGGCCGCGAGGCAGUACGGGCCCGACGUGAAGCACAUCGUCAACGUCUCGUCUUUUGCUUCCAUCGUCGACAUGUCCCAGGGCUACCGCCCGGGAUACACUUACACGGAGAAGGACUGGAACCCGAUGAGCUACGAAGAGGCGUCCAAGACGGACAGCGGCGGCGAGGCGUACUGCGCCUCCAAGGCCCUCGCCGAGAAGGCCAUGUGGCGCUGGAUGAGCGAGAACCAAGCCGUGACUUUCACACUGGCCAGCGUCUGCCCGCCUUGGGUGUUCGGCCCUUACCUCGGCACGCCCGACCUCGACCGCCUGAGCGAGUCGAUGGGUUUUCUCUGGAAGCUGGUUGACGCGAAGGAGGUCCCACCGACCGACUUUGGCGGCUGCGCCGACGUCCGGGACGUCGCGCGGGCACUGAUCGGCGCGAUAGAGACGCCUGCGGCCGGCGGCGAGCGGUUCCUCGUCGGCGGCGGCUUCGACUGGCAGACUGCGGCCGAUGUCAUCCGCGAGGAGGUACCCGAGGUCAGGAGCAGGGUUCCCGAGGGACGGCCGGGAUACGGCAAGACGGAGGAGCGGUACUCUGUCGACGGGGGCAAGGCCGAGCGGAUCCUGGGGCUGGAAUACACACCCCUGAGCGCUACACUGGGCGACUCUAUCCGGCAGCUGCUGGAGGUCGAGAAGGCAUCCAAGUCUUCUUGA